UUAUUAUACUAAUUUAGGUUAGAAAAAUAAUUAUACGGUUUUUAGUGAAAGUAAUUGUGUUGUAAUUAAUUACAUUUCCAAAAUGUAUAAUUAUAUGAGGAAGUGGUUGUCUCAGUCAUGAAUUGUCAGUGAAAAUUCAUAGAAAAAUUUGUAAUUUAUGUAUUUAUUACGUGAACACUCAUCAUGACAGACAAGAAACAAUCAAAGGACAAGUAAUACGUAAAAUAUACAAUAAUAAUAUACAAUAAAAGAUGCUACCUGGAUUUUCAAGACGCACGAGCCUUCAAGAUAUAUAAAAAAAAAGAGAUUUAGAAGAUGUCCUUAUAUACGUUUUGGAUGUUUGCGUUUGCAGAAUUAGUCCUAUGGAGCAACCGUCGAAAAUUCGUGAAUGAAUCGACAUCUUCGUACUGUGUGACGUCACUGAUAGCCAGUUCUCUGUAAUAGUCGUCCGUGAAAGAGGGGUGGCGAUCCAUGAGACGGCGCGUGCGUCCUCGUCGGCGUCGCGACGCGUCGGAGAAGCGCGACGCCAGCCGCACGGGACGAACAAACAGCCAGCCAACUAGACAGAUUCUGCCGCCGACUUCUUUUCAUCGUGUCCGAGUUCCGGUGCGGGAGAACAGCAACAGCACGAGAGAUGCGACGAUGAAAAGAAGCCACGAAGACGACGGAUCUGAAAACAUUCUCCUCAGAGCUGAGAAAAUCUCGCCCCACUCGCGCGCUUCCGUUUUCUCCGCUCUUCAGAUGAAGAUUCGCCGCUGCGCCUAGCGCAUUCUCCACCACCGUGCAGUGUGAUUUAUUUCGUGCACUUCCCAGAGAAAUCCCCGGCUCGUAUCUCUUUCUCUCUCCCUCUUGGCGGCAGAGAGAGAGAAAGAGAGAAAAGAAGAAAAAGAGAACGGAGCAUCCGCUCCGUUUCGUGCGUUCCGUUCUAAUUGAUCGAUAAUACGGACCCGCGCUCGGAUAAUAAGGUCGCGCGCGACUAAUUGCGAUCCGGAUAACGCAGAAUCACACCAGUAUUCACAGGGCGGAAGAGGAGAAAGAAGAAUCAAAGGAGAAGUUUCGCUAGGAGGUGAAAAAGCGCCCUUAGGCGUGUACGAUUCGAUUGUAUGCCUUGGGCUACGUCCACAUAUAUGAUGAAAUUACAGCUGCUCGUUAUCGAGACGGACUACUGCUGGAGGAAAGCGUUGCUUAGGAUGGUAUUGGAUCCCAAGGCCACCAGUUUGCACAGCGAUUACGGAAGCUUCGAUCGACCGCUGGGCGCCGGUGAGGGCCACGAGAGGGACGUCGAGGCGGCGGUUGAUGGAAACAGCAGCGGGAUGGCACAGUCCAGCGACGUUUAUCAGCGGCAGCCGUUGCUGCCCGGCGCGCCGUUGUCGAAAAACAAGGACAAGUGGUCCGGGGUGGCUUCGGGCUCGGAUUAUUACGAGGACGACGAGGACGAAAAGGAUAUCGAAAGCCUGAGCAGACAUUCCGGGCUACCGAAUGGUUCCGGCAGCAGCAUCAUCAAGAUCGACAUACCGCCUCCACUCCGUGAGGAGCCACGCUUCCCCAAGGAGAAGUGGAAAACAUUUCUCGCGUUUCUCUUUAUGGUCGUGAACUUCAUACUGACCACCGCGUCUCUCGCAAUGGUGCACGAGCGCGUCCCAGAUAGGAGUACGUACGGACCGCUGCCCGACGUGGUGCUGGAUAACGUUGGCGCGCAGGACUGGGCGCUCAACGUCUCGGAAGUGCUGAUCAUGAUCAUGUCCAAUGCCGCAAUGGUGUUUAUCAUUUUCCAUAAGCAUAGGUUUAUUGUAGUUAGACGAAUAUUCCUUCUAAUGGGGCUACUCUACAUGAUGAGAAGCGUCACGAUGUACGUGACGGUCUUGCCGAUCGCCAGCAAAACUUACUACUGCAGUCCGAAGGCGAACAACACUAGCCCGCUGCUUGUGACAAAGAGGGUCUUGCAGCUCAUCUCCGGCUUCGGUUUGUCCAUUAACGGCAAACACACUUACUGCGGGGACUAUAUUUACAGCGGGCACACCGUGGUGCUCGUACUCAGUUACCUGAUCAUUACGGAGUAUUCUCCGAAGUUUCAAGGGAGAAAGUUCCAACCGAUACAUUGGUUAGCGGGUCUGGCGGUGAUUGUCGGGGUAAUUAUGGUCCUGGUAGCUCACGGACACUACACCGUGGAUGUACUUAUAGCGUAUUAUGUUACUACACGCCUGUGGUAUAUUUAUCACACUCUAGCCAACAAUCCGAAUCUUAAGCAAUACGGACCAAACAACUUUUUGGCCCGACUCUGGUGGUACCCCAUUUUCAAGUAUUUCGAAAAGAAUGUGGGCGGCACGGUGCCACGACAAUAUGACUGGCCUCUACCCUGGCCUCGACGGUUUCUUGCCAAGCACCCCAACCGAGAUAGUUAAUAUUUGUCUUGACUUCACUGAUAGAGGCUGUUUAAAAAACAAAGGAGUUACUUUUGUUGUAUAUAUUAUAUACAUAUAUAUAUAUACACACACACAAACAAACAAACACACACACACACACACACACGCACACACACACACACCUACCGUAUGUAUAUAUUUAGGCUUGUUAAUAUGAAGGUAAAGUCUUCGCUAGAGAGAGAGAGAGAGAUAUAUGUGGGACGUACGACUGUUUUUGGUAGCAACACAUUCAUUAUGGAAGCAUGACGCUUUGUGUCGUUCACUCCUUUGUAAUUUAAUUGUGAACUCUUAGACACAAUACUCGUGCUCUCUCACGUAAAGUCAUCGUCCAAUCGGCCCGAAUUUACUUUUUGCUUGAUUUUUAUACGAUUUAUAUAUAAUGUAAAGAGUAGAUAGAACGACGGUUGGAAUUUACGAUAGUAGAUAUCGUAAAGGUUCGAAUGGAGGAAGGCAGUCCGGAAUCGAUACGCAAUUGGCGCGUUGUGUAAAAUGAUUCGCAUAAACGCGUUCGUAUUUUCAAAUAAAUAGCUGCGCAACAAACCGAAAGUAAUACAGUAACUAAGUAAAAUGUGUAGAACAGAUGCGCGUUUUUAGAAACCCGAUCGAUCCUGUACGAUAAAAAGAAUUAUCUUUAUUAGCCCUCAGCGAAAUAUUUGUAAAUAAACGCGAGAAUGAAAUCUACAUCCUUCCUCCAGACGAAUCUUUGAGUCACAUUCUAACGUUUCGACUUCCAGUACCUAGAUAUCGUCGUCCCUGACUCUGCAUUCGCGGCACGAAUUAUUCCGGUGAAAAACGAUUUUGCAGACAAAUUUGCCAAAAGUGCACCGUAGAUCCGCGAUGUGCAUAUUUUCGUCAUAGUUCCACUCUGCCGAUUAUCCUCGAAAUUGUUUUCCUCGUGCUUCGGAGAGAAAUAUCCAGUGUCCAGUCCCUUACUGGGAGACGAUUGUGCAAUUUCGUGGGACCAAAACAAGGAGCGCUCAAUAGUAAAUGUUAGUUUAUAUAGCACUGAAUCUAAAAAUACAAGCAAGCAUACCGAGUCGCGAGGUAGCACACAUGAUCUCCAUAAUUUAUAGUAAUAUCAUCAAAGAUCAUUGAUAAAAGACUAUUAAUAAUAAUAUCACCGAUUCCGUGUCGUGAUUAGACUACGCGAUAUAUCGCGAAUGGAAUUUGAAACCUACUACCUGCCAUAUAUACAAAUUAUCGUCGAUUCUCACUUCAAAUAAAUGUAGCCUGCCGCAGAUUUGGAUAAGUUCACCCGUGAGAAUCCCAUGACGUUUCAUAGACUAAAUUUUUAAAAGGUACACCUCAACUCUUUUAACUUUCACUAAUCGAUGUCGUACGAAAGUAUCUAGAGGAAUAAAAAAGAAGAAAGUACUGAAGCACUCGUGCCGCAUUCGUGUUUUCACGGAAUAAGAUCGUUGUGCGCCUGUGCAUACACCGGAUGUUGUCACAUAUGUAUAUAUGCAGAGACGAUGUGUGCAAGCUUUGCAAGGAUUGCCGGUUUGCGCGGAGGGGCCGAUGUAUACGAAUAACGAUCGAUCUUUCGCACGAUUCUUCCCUUGUUCUCUUCUCGCGUCUCAUGAUUCCUUGCGCUUCUUGCCCGCGCUCUCUUUCAUCGUCAGGGAGAGAGAGAGAGAGAGAGAGAGGAGACGACACAUUUUAUUAAUUUAAUGAUGUGAUGAGAAUGUCGCGAUUCUUUGAAUACUUGGAGAGACGCGUGAAGACAUUGCGAAUCUCAGUUAAUGAUGUGCAAGUGGGCGAUAAACGAAUCGCGUGACCAUUCGUUCUCCUAGCGUCCAAUGAAAGUCGUAUGCGUGAGCGUGUGCGUGUGUUCGCAUGUGAUAAAAGUGCUAGGUUUAAAUUAUGUUAAGAAUAUCUUGUUAUAUCUUGUUCGCGAAUGGUUCAUUGUUGAAUCUCUAACAAGUACGAAAGGCACUCGUAGCUUUCUCGUUGAAUUUCCGUCAUUUUGUAUAUAGUUUGAAUAAAGAAUAAAAUUUCCAGCGACA